UGCUGAUGCAGAAGACCGUCAUUGAACCGGGGGAUGAUGCACCGACUGUCGGCGGCUUCACAGGACUGAAGAAGAUAAGAAAUCCAGAGCGAAUGGUCAGGAUUGCUGUUGGUUACACAGGACACACCCCUCCCAAGAGUGACGACACUGACGCCAACAAUGAGCCGGGCCAGCUGAAGAUCUACCUUCCUAAGAAGCUGCUGGAGUGUCUACCCAAAUGUUCCUCUCUGCCCAAGGAGCGCCAUCGCUGGAACACCAACGAGGAGAUUGCUGCAUAUCUCAUCACUUUUGAGAAACAUGAUGAGUGGCUGACGACAUCGCCAAAAACCAGGCCUCAAAAUGGCUCUAUGAUCCUCUACAACCGUAAGAAGGUCAAGUACAGGAAAGAUGGCUACUGCUGGAAGAAAAGGAAAGACGGGAAGACCACCCGAGAGGAUCAUAUGAAGCUCAAAGUCCAGGGAGUAGAGUGUCUGUAUGGCUGCUACGUCCACUCCUCCAUCAUCCCCACCUUCCACCGUAGAUGCUAUUGGCUGCUGCAGAACCCAGACAUUGUGCUGGUACACUAUCUGAAUGUACCGGCAGUGGAUGAUAGCGGGAAGCCAUGUGGUCCUGUCCUCUGCUCUAUCAACACAGACAGGAAGGAGUGGGCCAAGUGGAGCAAGGAGGAGCUCAUUGGACAACUCAAACCCAUGUGUGCUGGAAGCAGCUUGCAUCAGAAAUGUUCCAGCGUCAAGCAGCGCAUCAUCUCAUCCAAGCAGGAGUCAGGGGCAGCAGCAGGAGGUGGAGCUGCAGCAGGUACCGGCGUAGCGGCAGGCCAGAGAGCUGAGGAAGCAGAUGGCACAGAAGUCCAGAACAGCGAUGUGUCAGAGGGCCAGACAGAGCCCAGUCCUGGGGGGGGCAGGAGCAGAGCAGGCGGAGGAGACAGGAGGAAUGGCAGGAUAACCAAACCCUCCCUACUCCCACAGAGCAGCAUGGAGGUGUCCUCGUCCACCUCCACCAACCAGGUGGAGGUCCCUGACACCACCCAAAGCUCCCCAUUGUCAAUCACCAGCGACAUGGCUGACAGUCCCGCACUUGCCAUUGGGGCUGGCUUGUCGCAGAGCACAGCCGUGUUUAUGUCUGAGGUCACCACAUUGACCGGGGACUCGGUUUAUUCUGCUGGCCACACCCACCUACUGGCAUCCACCCAUGAAAGCACCACUGCUGGCAUCCUGUUGGCUGUUGCCCCUGAAAACCAGAGGUUUGCAUCAUUUCCUGGUGGGGUAGGCUUAGGGGAGGGAGGAGAGUUGGUUCUUUCCAGCUCUCUAGACUCUGGUGGAGGAGUCAGCCUUCCUGAGACCACCAUGACCUUUGACCCUGAUUGCUUCCUCAACAACCCCAAGCAGGGCCAAACGUAUGGAGGGGGUGGAGGGAAGACUGAGGGGUGUAACGGUGAUGAUGGAGGACUCCACUGUUCCUCAAACGGUUUUGUCUACAACCCAGCCCUCGUCAACAACAUCAAGACGGAAGCUGCACCCCUGGAGCAGCCACUGGCCAAUCAGAGUAGCUAUGUGGGAGAAGGCACAGGCCUCAGCCCCAGUACCACCCUGGAGCAGAUGGACUUCAGUGCUGUAAUGUCAUCAGCCUGUGUCCCAAGUCUGAACCAGCCUGCACAUCACCCCUCCCCAAACCUCUUCCUCCAGGCCUCCCCACAGACCAGCCAGCCCUCCCAACUGCAGACCAAUGGUACAGAGGCAACCCAGGAAUCAGGCGAGGCCCAGGCUUACAUAGGCCUGCCCACGGUGCCAACAGACUCUCCAGUCACCAACGGAGACCCGCAUACACACCUCCACCAAGCCAGCCCAGACCAGCAGGCCCUGUGUGGAAGGAAUGGACAAGGAGCAGCGGUGGGCUCCUUCCCUCUGACACCACAGGAUACGAACGUCGACCAGUCCGGCAGCAGGGUACAUCGGGAGGUUGGGGGCUUAGACAAAGCUCCUGAGAAUGGAGGAGAGUUACUUCUUAAGUCUGGAGAUCAUCAUGAGGCCUACACGAGUGUGGACGCAGAGCACUACCUGCAACCCACAGAUGACAAUGGAGGAGGAGAGGAGGGUGGAGGAAGUGGUGGAGGAGGAGGGGGAGGAGGGGGAGGGGGAGGAGGGGAUAGUGACAUUCUCUGUAAUGGUGUAAGCUUGUCAGGGACCAGCAGUUCAGUGGUGGCCAGUCCACAGUCGAUAGCUGCUGGUGCAGGCAUUGAGGGGGCACUCUACAGUUCUCCUCUUCCUCAGCAAGGUGGAGGGGUGUCAGCUGCAACAGCUGGGGCAGGAGCGGCCAUCAGUCUGGAAGGCUUUGAGGCCUCAUUCGGAAGCCAGUUCUCUGAUCUUAUCAAUGAUUUCAUCUCAGUUGAGGGGUCUGGAGGUGGGGUGGGGGCAGCUGUUGCUGGGGUUCUGAUGCCCCAGGAGGGGGCAGCAGGAGAGGAGCAGGGCACUGGAGCAGGCCACCUGCAGGGCUCGGAGGUGGAGCAGGGAGCUCUGGGACUGCUGCAGGAGACUGGGAGGCUGUUUGGUGUGACAGAUUACUCCCCAGAGUGGUCUUAUCCAGAGGGUGGAGUAAAGGUCCUCAUCACAGGUCCCUGGUUGGAGUCGAGCAGUGAAUACAGCUGUCUCUUUGACCACAUCAGUGUCCCUGCUGCCCUCAUCCAGCCUGGGGUGCUGCGUUGCUACUGCCCAGCCCAUGACACAGGACUCGUCAUGCUGCAGGUAGCUAUGGGCGGUGAGGUCAUCUCUUCCUCUGUGGUGUUUGAAUACAAGGCGCGCGACCUUCCUGCUCUCCCGUCUUCUCAGCAUGACUGGCUGUCCCUGGACGAUACCCAGUUCAGGAUGUCCAUCUUGGAGCGCCUGGAGCAGAUGGAACAGAGGAUGGCUGAAAUGACCAAUCAGAACCCCAGCUCAGAAACCAUAGCAACCAAGGGGGGAGGAGUGGAGGGAGGAAGAGCCACGGAUCAGCAGUCUCAAAUCUCUCCCGAUCAGGGUUCAUUUGAGGGUCGCGUGGUGGUGGUGUGCGAGAAGAUGAUGUCUCAGCCAUGCUGGGCUUCAUCCAAUCAGCUCGUACACAGUAAGAACUCCAGAGGAAUGACCUUACUGCAUCUGGCUGCAGCUCAGGGCUAUGCAGGGCUCAUUCAGACACUCAUAUGCUGGCGCACUAAGCACGCUGACAGUAUUGACCUCGAGCUUGAGGUGGAUCCUCUCAACGUAGACCACUUCUCCUGCACUCCACUGAUGUGGGCAUGUGCUCUGGGCCACACUGAGGCAGCACUGGUGCUUUACCAGUGGGACCCAAGAGCUCUGGCUAUUCCUGAUUCGCUGGGACGCUUGCCGCUCAAUAUCGCCCGAUCCCGGGGCCACACUCGAUUGGCUGAGCUCUUAGAGCAGCUGCAACAGACUCCUCAAGCUCAGGGCCAGCCUGCUGACACUUGGAUGGACAGGUGGAGAGGAGAGUCACAGCUCAGUGGAAUAAGCAACAGCCCCACCCCUAACUCUAACUCAGAGCUGAGGAGAGCCAGGACAGAGAGCCAGCCAGACAACCAGAACCAGAACUGGAGCCAAACAGGACACAGAGCCUCACAGGGAACCCAGGGAGAACAGCGAGGUCCACCCCCAGCCAAGAGACUCAAACCCAGCCCAGACACCCCGCAACAGCUAGCUAACUCAACCCCCGGCACCAACACCCUCAACUCCCUCCUCAACUCCUCCCCCAGUCCUAACCCUCAACGUUCUCUCCUACCAAACACCCCACAAACUCAACCCUCCAACCUCAGCUGUCAGAGCGCACCUCCUGCCGGCUCCAGUCCUAACCGUCCUCAGCUGCCCAGCACCCCAUUCUCCCACCUGCAGGCCAGGAUAGGGGGGUCUGGAGGGGGCACCAGGUGGAGUCUGAGACAGACUCUGGGGCAGCGUAGCCUAGCCAGGAGGAUUCUAGGAAAAGAACGACUGGCUAUUCACCUGCGCCAAAGAGUGCUGUCUGACAGGGGAGAGGAGACAGAGCUGCUGACCUAUCAGGAUAACGCAGAGGACUUGCAGAUGGACAUUACGAUGCUAGCUGAUCACAUCAUGGAGGCUUCAACUGGUAGGCUUAAGCAGGAGACAAUGGAGACUGAAACAGACUCUGGGAAGGUGGGGAUCAGCAGUGACGUCAGGUUACUGUCUGGUUACCUUGGUGAAGUGGAGAGGUUUCUAAACUUCAAGCCCCCGACUCCUAGCCCCAAACCAAACUCUCUCUCAGGGCCAGAGGAUCAGCAGAGUCCUCAGGCUAAGCAAGCCCUGUCGUCCUCCUUUGACUGGAGCUCCUUCCUCUGUGCAGCUAUGAAAGAGGAGAGGUUGAAAACGGACUCUUCCUGUCUAACAAUGACUGAAGCAGAGCAGGGAGAGCUGUAUGAGACCAUCAGGGAUGCUCUGCACUCCCUCAGAAAACACAAGGGUCCCAUUCAGGAACAACGCAAAGAGAUUGCAGCAGUGAUUCAGCGCUGCUAUAAGAGAUACAAGCAGUAUGCACUUUAUAAGAGGAUGACCCUGGCAGCCAUCCUGAUCCAGAGUCGUUUCCGGAGUUUCCAUGAGCAGAGGAAGUUCCAACAGAGUCGUAGAGCAGCAGUCCUCAUCCAGCAAUACUACCGCUCCUACAGACACUCCCUCAGCAGCCUCCUAACUAAAAAACAGAACCAGGCUGCUCGCAAGAUCCUGAGGUUCCUGCUCCGAUGCCGCCACAGGGCCAGAGAGCAGAGAAAGGCCAGGGGUCCUGAGAGCCCACCGCCAGGCCCCACACACAGCCCCCUCAGCCUGUGAGCAAUCUCUACAUCCUCCCCGCCCUCCAUCUUCUCCUUUUUCUUUCUCCUUUCUUCCAUCCUCCCCAAACUCCUUCGCUUUCUACCCCCAACCCCCUCUCCCACCCCUUUCUUUCCUUCUCUUGCCUCUUCUUUCUCACUCUUUCUCCCCUCUUCUCUCAAGAGGGAAAAACUCUUCCCAGACAGACUGAGGACAGGAUAGGUGUCCAUCAUGGCAGCUCAGACAGACAGACUGCUGGGUAGAGCCCAGGGACCUGGCUCUGCCCACAGCACUGAUCCUCCUCCACAGUUUCACUGGGAGGCCAUCACAUUAACCUCAUGGCAUUCUUUGCACUCUUCAUGGGUAUGUUUCUUUGCAAGAGCAAGUCGACGAGUCAAACGAGAGAAAGCGAGGAAGCGCCUAGCAGCGACAUCCUGCCGUUCGUGGCGGCGGCUGGAUGUGGCGAAAGGCUCCUGUGAUGAACAGCUGAUUCAAGAGAAAGGCUACUUUGACAUGCUGAACAUGUAGAAAACCUUUUUUGCGUUUUGUAUGCAAACGGUGAUCCAUGAAAGAAUAAGAAAACAUAAACCAAAAAACUCACUUCUAUGUUGCAUUUGCAUGCAAGGUUUUUUCGCUUAUUCCUCCUCUCCAUCAUCCUGAAGAGCUCUAGUGGCAAAUCAUUCUGCUGACUCAGUGUAUCACAAUACCACCAACCACUCUGACUCACAGGCUUACAAACCUAUUAAUCAGUCACCCGAUCAAAAGGGGAGGAACUGCACUUGAAUGUAAGAGGGGCAUUGUUAGAUAAGGGUUGGGGUCUGAAUAACGAUGUCUUAAUUUGUUACAUGGACUUUGUAUGGAGUCGUUCUCAGAGGCAGCACUUUGCUAGCCUGACGUGGUGUGUCCGUGUUUGUUCAAUUCAAUGCAUGUGUUUGAGCCACGAGCUCCUGCAUGCUUGCCAAACUGCUUUAGUGUUGUUUCUUUUGUAUUUCUAUGUGUAGUUGUGUCUCACUUACGUCCUCAUCAACUUAUCCUUGCCCUGUGUAAUGUGAACUGUGUAAGGACAAAUGACUUCAUUUUGGGUGCUUUUUUAAACUUUAUUUAUUUAAGGGUCUAAUUAUUUAUUUAAUUGGCUCAAGAGUGGUUAAGCUUGAGACUGGUUUUCCCCCCUUGUGUGGUAAAAUAUGACAUGUUCCAAUGGUUAAA